AUGGGUAGAAAAAGAAAUACAACUACUAGUAAUUUUAAUAGAAAAGGCGGUGAAGGUGGUGUUGCAAGAGGUGGCCGUCAUGGAGACAAUAAGAUUCAAGAGAUAAAAAGGUUACAGCAGGAAACAGCGACAGCCAAUUUCAGUUCUUCAGAAUUGUCAUAUAAAGGAAGUGAUAAAUUGGUUUUCAUUACAAAUGGAGAUAAUAUUAAAACCAUAUGGAAAAAGAUAUUGAAAAAAGAAGCUCCAUUAAUACCAAAUGAUAUUAAAAUAUUAAUUGGUUCAGCAUUAGUAGUUACAGAUAAAAAAUCUGGACAUGAAGUUGAAGAAUUGGUUACUGAGUUAGGAAAUCCAGAAAAAGGCCUUAAAAAAUUAAGAGAAAUAAUUAACUUUCCAUCAAUGUCAUGUGAUGCGGGACUUCAAGAAAAUGUGUUAUCUUUUCAACAUGUCAUAUUACCUUUGAUGGGUUUACUGACAAGAACUGCUAUUACUGAAUGUAUUUUGGAGAAAUAUGUUCAUGCUAUUUUCUCGGAUUCUUUCCUUAGUAAUGUGAUAAAUAUGUUGAAUGAGUUGGUUCAACGUGAUUCUUUAAUGGAUAAUUCUAUUACUUUGGAUAAAUUAUUAGCACGUGAAAGAUAUACAUUUAUUCCAUCUUCAUUGGGAAUAUUUUUCUUGGUAAUUGUUCGUUUAUUGACAGAAUUAUUGUGUCGUAUUAAAGAAGCCACUCUGAACGAAACGAUGCAUAAAGUCUCUAAGGCUUUACAAGAAUCGUUAGUAUAUUAUCGACAAUUGCUUCAACAAGGAUUUUAUUCCAAUACAGCAGACCCGUUAAUUCAAAAUGUAGAAACAAGAAAAUAUUUUUUCCAGAUCUUAGAUAAAGAGGUUAAAAAAAUUAAUCUUAUUUUGAAUAAUGAACGAAUUACCUUAUCAUUUCAAAAUAGUUCAAAAAAUUCAAGAGACUCGGAAUUGAUUAAUUCUCGUUACAAAGAAUUGGCUAAAAAAGCUGAUAUGAAUAGAUCUUAUGAUCCACCUGGCGAAUUAUCAAAGAAAGGGAGAAGACAUGAUAAUGAUUUCAAAGAUAUUUCUGAAAUGUCGAUCAUUCCCACAGAAGACGAAAUUUUAUGUGAUAGACGUCCAUUCUUACCUUCCGUGCUUCCAGAUACUCUUCAUUUCUUACCCGACGGCGCAGAAAGAUUGCUUGAUACUCAAUUUCGUCUUUUGAGGGAAGAUAUGUUAAAUCCAAUCCGCGAAGGAAUCAAAAACUUCUUAUAUGCAUUAUCAGAUAAUAAUACUGGCGUAAAUAGGGGCAAUGAUGAUAAAUCUGCCAAAGAAUUAAUGAAAAUACAAAAGGACGGUGGCAAAUUUAAAUAUGAGAACGGAGACAUACAAAUUUACGUUCGUAUUCAAUUUGUUGAGAUUGUUUGUGAUAGAAGAAAUGGUUUGGUUUGCACUUUAAGAUUCGAUCCAAAAUAUAGGAAGGCAAAAAAUGAAAAAGAAAGAAAAGAAUUUUGGGAGAAAAGCAAAAGAUUAAUGAACGGAAGUUUAGUUUGUUUAUUAUUACCUAAAUCAAAUAAAGGAUAUUCUCUUUAUUUUGGUGUAGUAAUUUCGAGAAACGACAAAUCCUUAGCUAAAAAUGCUGAUUAUGCUGAGAUCGGUAUUAAUUUUAUGGAUCCCUCAAUUUAUACCGUUGCAUUAGCCGAAAUUUCCAAAUCUGAUAAAAUUUCGUUAGAAAAUAGGUUUAUGGUAGAAUCAACUGGUGUUUAUUUAGAAUCAUAUUAUCAUUUCCUUAAAAUUAUUCAAACCACGAAUCCUUUUACUUUUCCCUUUGAAAAAUAUUUUGCUCCGAAUUUACAAGAUCAAAAAAGAAAAAAUAUGCAAGGAUUUGUUUAUUAUGAUGAUGCUGAUAAAGUUGAUCCACCUAUGUAUGCUAGAGCUCCUGGAUUUCGAUUUGAUUUAUCUGCCAUAUGUAAUAAUAGGAAUGUAAGGUUGAAUGUUGCUGAUACAGGUUCUUAUGAUAAUGCAGCGAGAAAUAUCAACAAGUAUGGCAAAUUAGAUCAAACUCAAGCGAAAGCUUUGAUUUCUGCUUUAACUCGUGAAGUAGCAUUAAUCGAAGGACCGCCGGGCACAGGAAAAACUGUAGUUGGUAUUGAAAUCAUGAAAGUAUUAUUGGCACAGCAAAAUUCAAAUACAAGACUUGGCCCUAUUCUUACCGUUUGUUUUACUAAUCAUGCUCUUGAUCAAUUCUUGGAGCACUUACUUGAUGAUAAUAUAACAACGAAUUUAGUUCGAAUAGGUUCAAGAACAAAAUCAGAAAAGAUUAAACAUUUUAAUCUGGAAGAAGUUUGUAAAAAGCGAAAAGGAAAAGGAUCGUAUUUAAUAGCAAGACUUCAUGAAUCAUUAGCUAAGAUUGAAAAAGAUAUCAAGGAAAUACAAGAGAAAAUAUUUAAAAAGUGGUUGAGUUGGGAUGACGUUUAUGAAUAUUUGAUGCUUGAAAAGCAAGAUAUUUAUGAUCAAUUUAUGUCUCCUUACUUUCCAGAUUGGGUUUUGAAUGUUGAAGGUGAACCUGUAUUCGAUCAAUGGGUACAAGGUGAAGAUCUUAGAAUCAUUAGUAAAAGCAAGGAAAGAUUAUUAAAUCCAAGGAAAGGGGGUAAUAAAAGGAAGCAAGAAGAGCAAUAUGAUUAUGAAACUUUAGAAUGGAUUCACUCUUACAAUAUACCAAACGGAAACCGUCCUUUAAACGUACUAUUAAAUACACAUUCUGUUUGGCACAUGUCCAAAACAGAAAGACAUACACUUCAUGAUCAUUGGAAAACAAAAAUUCUUGAUGAACUCACAGAAAAUUUAUCAACUUUACGAAAAGCUCACGAUGAAAAACGUAAAGAGAUGAAUGAGAUUUAUGAAGAAGGGCGAAGAGAAGUUUUAUUAGAUUGUGAUGUUAUCGGAAUGACAACAAAUGGUGCGGCUAAAUCUGGAAAUUUACUUCGAUCUAUUGGACCGAAAAUUGUUAUAUGCGAAGAAGCUGGAGAAGUGCUUGAAGCUCAUAUCCUUAGUACAUUAACAUCUUCAACACAACAUUUAAUUUUAAUUGGUGAUCAUAAUCAAUUAAGACCGCAUAUUGCUACUUAUACACUUAGUAUUGAUUCAUCUCUCGGAAAUAAUUAUCAAUUAGAUAAAUCAUUAUUUGAACGGUUGGUCUUGGGUGAUAAAGCAAUGAAAAUUGAAAAAUCUCGACUAUUAACUCAAAGACGUAUGAGAGGAGAAAUUUCUGAUCUAAUUAGACACACUUUGUAUCCUGAUUUAAUUGAUGGCGAAAACACCAUCAGACAUCCGGACGUACGUGGGGCGCAGCAUAAUGUAUAUUUUAUUGAGCAUCGAAAUUCCGAAGAUAGUUCUGGUGGCGAGUUUGCAAUGCAAUCUCAUGUGAAUACAUAUGAAAUUAAGAUGGUAGUUGAAAUGGUUAAGUAUUUCGUUAGUAAUGGAUAUACAAAACCCGAUGAUAUCGCAGUACUUACUCCAUAUUUAGGACAAAUGAUUAAAAUUAGAGAUGCUUUAAAGAAAUCAUUUGCUGUGAUUAUUGAUGAAAGAGACGCUCAAGAAAUUGCUGAAUUUGAAGAGCAAGUUGACGAAGCUGAAAAUGAAACAAGUGUUGCUACGAAAAAAUCGUUAAAUCAACAAGUUAAUUUGAGAACCGUUGACAACUUCCAAGGAGAAGAAGCAAAGAUCGUAAUUAUUUCUUUGGUUCGUAAUGUUUCCACAUCCGGUAAUAAUCAUGGCUCUAUUGGAUUUCUCAAGAGUUCAAAUCGAACCAAUGUUUUAUUGUCACGUGCUCGCGAAGGAAUGUAUCUUAUUGGAAACUCAGAGUUAAUGGCAUCGAAAUCCAAGGACAUGUGGGCUCCUAUAAUUCGUAUUUUACGUUCUCGUAAUCAAGUUGGUUUUGGUAUGCCGAUACAAUGUGCUCGACAUCCUCAUAACAAGCAUAUUAUUGUUGAACCCGAACAAUUCAAGUUAGUUAGCACAAACGGUGGAUGCUUUGAACCAUGCGGCGUAUCAUUGGCUUGUGGACACGCAUGUACUUAUAGGUGUCAUGCAGAUGAUCCUAAACAUCUUAACGUAACAUGUCAGAAACCUUGUUCAAGAUUGCAUCCAAGAUGUAAUCACCCUUGUGAUAAGCUUUGUAAGGAGGAUUGUGGAAAAUGCAAUUUCCUCGUCGGGGACAUUACGUUACCUUGUGGACAUGUUUGCCCAAGUGCUAAUUGCCAGCAAAAUCUUAAUAAAAGUGCUCUCCGGUGUGUUGCACGCGUUGACAAAAAAUACCCUCAUUGCGACCAUACUAUAACCAUGAUGUGCUAUGAAUCAAUCAAAGAUCUCGUGUGUGAUAAUAUGUAUGGAGAUAUUAUGUUACGUUGUGGACACGUCUUUCCUGAUGGUACUUGUCUACAAAAUCAACACAAACAUUUACUCCAGUGUAAGACACGCGUAGACAAACGUUAUCCUAAAUGUCAUCACACCAUAAACGUUAUGAAGCUCAAGUGUAAUAAUAUUUAUGGAGAUAUUAUAUUACGUUGUGGACACGUUUGGCCUAAUGCUACUUGUCAGCAAAAUCAAAACCAAAAAAAUCUCCAGUGUAUGAUACGCGUUGACAAACAGUAUCGUUAUUGUCAACACACAGUGAACGUCAUGUGUUGUGAGACGGUUGAUAAUCUCAAGUGCGACAAUAUAUGUGGAAGUGCCUUGUCGUGUGGCCAUAGAUGUACAGAUAAAUGUAUUAAUUGUCAACAGCGUGCAGGAUCAAGAUUAACGAAUGAUAAUCCUCAUGCGAAAUGCAACGAUUUAUGCAAUAAAAUAUUAUUUUGUGGGCAUAUUUGUAAACGAGGAUGUCAUGAAGGAGAAUCUUGUUUACCAUGUAAGAAGGAGUGUAUGAUAUCUUGUGAACAUAAAACGUGUGAUAAAAUUUGUUUAGAACCAUGCGUUAUAUGCGCAAAACCAUGUGCAUGGGAAUGUACACAUCAAGGAAAAUGUGAACUUAGUUGUGGAGUUCCUUGUUAUAGAUUACCAUGCAAUAAACGCUGCGAAAAGAAAUUGGAAUGUGGGCAUUUAUGCCCAGGCGUAUGUGGGGAAUUGUGUCCUCCUAAAAUAUAUUGUAUUACUUGUGCUUCUGAGGAUAUUAGAAGUCAGCAAGAACCACCACCAGAUUUUAGGAAAGGCAUGAAGUUUAAUGAUAUAUAUUGGGAUGUAGAAAGAAUGAUCAUUCUUUCUUGUGGUCAUUUUUACACAAUGGAAUGUAUGGAUUACUACAUGGAAAUCGGAGAAUAUUAUAACGGAUCUACAAAAGGAGGAUGGACGUCAAUUAAAACACUUUCAACAACGCCAGUAAGUGAAAGAACAUGUCCGGCAUGUCGAAUUCCAAUUAAAAACAUCAAAAGAUAUGGAAGAAGAAUUAAGAAAUGUACAUUGGACGUACAAAAUAGGAAGUUUAUCCAAGAAUAUGAUCGUAGGUUAAAGAAUAUUGCUAAUCAGAUAAUAUCAUAUAAUAAAAAUGCAGAGAGAAUCAAUUUGAAAAACCAAUUGAGAUUAGUUUCUAGUACCGAUCCAAGACCUAAAGAAGAGAUAUUUAAAGAGGUUAAUGCUUUAGAUGAUGUCUUACCUGAACUUACUCCAUAUCAGUAUUUUAAUAAUGUUGAAAAAUAUCAUGGAUUUGAACCUAGCAAUGCGACAGUUUGGAUUCCUCACGUUAAUAAAUUGAUGAAUAUUUAUCAAGAUUUGAGUUUAAUUAUUCUUGCCGCCAAAAAUCCUCCUCACAAAAAGGCAUUUGAAGCUUCUAUUUCAAGUUUUGAUUUAACAGCACUUUUGGGAUUUUCGGUUCCAAAGAUGGAAAAGAGAAUAUAUUUAGAUGCAUUUUUCGAAAUUAUAAAUAUUCAGAAUAUUUUAUUUCAUGAAAUUUUAUUUAUAAUUGAAGAGGUUCCAAGGAAAUCUAUCUUUAGUUAUUUAUUCCAAAGAGUUGUAGAAGUUAAAUAUACCUGGCAGAAAUUUGCGGAAAGGUUACAACGAACAAUUCAAAGUCAUUUGAAUACCAUUAUAGAAGCAGCUGAGCCUUUACGUUAUGAUAGACAUUUAUUAUUGUCUAGAGUUGAAAUACUAGAAUCUGAAAUUAAGACGCUUAUAUUUCAAUUAAAGUAUCCUCAAGAUGGAGUAAAGGAUACUGAUAAAUUGAGAAUCAAACAAGGAUUUGGGGGGAUUCAACGAUCCCUUUUGAAUAUUAAAACAAGUGAUGAAUAUACUCAUGUUGUUGAUAAGGAAUUUUCGAGUGAUUUGGAAAAGAGAUUGUCUUAUUUGUUAAAAAAUUGCUAUGAAGCUAGUCUUGAAACUAGAUUAAACCAUUCAAUUUUAGAAAACCUAGAAUUUCGUAGGAUUAAGUUUGACAAUUCUGAUAAUUUGUAUGAAUGUGCAAAUGGACAUCCGUACACAAUCGUUACAGACGUGAAUAAAUGUCCAGAAUGUAACGUUAAGCCGAUAGCAGAAUAA